CAUAUCGGAAUCCUGGAUUUUUGGCACCGAAAAUAGUCGGGCGGGCGCGCGCUACGGCCGCGAGGGCGGGCGCGGCGCAGUGCGUGUCGCUCCGCCGUGUGAACAGCCCGUUCGUGAGGCGUAUUUAAUUCGACCGGACCGUAACAACAAAAAGCCGCCACCAUGGACGCGAUCAAGAAGAAGAUGCAGGCGAUGAAGCUGGAGAAGGACAAUGCCAUGGACAAGGCCGACACCUGCGAACAGCAGGCUAGAGACGCCAACCUCCGUGCUGAGAAGGUAAACGAGGAAGUCCGCGAACUCCAGAAGAAGCUCGCCCAGGUGGAGGAAGACCUGAUCCUGAACAAGAACAAACUGGAGCAGGCCAACAAGGACCUUGAAGAGAAGGAGAAGCAGCUGACCGCCACCGAAGCCGAGGUCGCUGCCCUCAACAGGAAAGUGCAGCAGAUUGAGGAAGACCUCGAGAAAUCUGAGGAGAGGUCCGGCACCGCCCAACAGAAGCUGCUCGAGGCCCAGCAGUCGGCUGACGAGAACAACCGUAUGUGCAAAGUGUUGGAGAACAGGGCACAGCAGGACGAGGAGCGUAUGGACCAGCUCACCAACCAAUUGAAAGAGGCCCGUCUCCUCGCCGAGGACGCUGACGGAAAAUCCGACGAGGUUUCGCGAAAACUGGCCUUCGUUGAAGACGAACUCGAAGUCGCCGAAGACCGUGUCAAGUCUGGUGACGCUAAGAUCUCAGAGCUUGAAGAAGAAUUAAAGGUCGUCGGUAACUCCCUUAAAUCUCUCGAAGUAUCCGAAGAGAAAGCUAACCAGCGCGUCGAAGAGUUCAAGAAGCAGCUGAAGACCCUGACCGGCAAGCUGAAGGAGGCCGAGGCCCGUGCCGAGUACGCCGAGAAGACAGUCAAGAAACUGCAGAAGGAGGUCGACAGGCUCGAAGACGAGCUCGGCAUCAACAAGGAUAGAUACAAGAGCUUGGCUGAUGAGAUGGAUUCCACCUUCGCCGAGUUGGCUGGUUACUAAGCUCUCGCACUCCACAUACAGACCACAAACACACACAAACAGAACAUGUACACACACAUACGCAGCGCCGCUGCCACACACACACAAACACAUGUACAUUAAUUACACAACAACUCGGAUACAUGUUUACACGUGAUGUAAUAAUAUUUAUUAAUAUUUUAUGUAAAUUUAUUUACGAUUUUCAAUAAAAUUUAAUUUAUAACAAUAGUUUUGUAAAUUUUA